GGCGGGAGCGGGCCCGGCUCGGCCUGAUUUACGGCUCUGCUGAAAACCGCGCGGCGCCCGCAUCGCCACCGUCGCCGUCACCACCGUCACCAUCAUCAUCACCAACAGCAGCAGCAACAAGUCCGGAUGGCCCCCCAACGCUGACUCUUCCCCUCUGGCCGCCGCCUGCAGCCCCGGGCUGGACCUGGAAUUGUAUCCUUCACCCAGAAAACCAGUGGGCUUGAGCUCUUAGGUAUCCCGCUGCAGUGGUCUGCCGUGGUGCCCAGGCCACAGUAGAUGACGUGGAAAUGAAUGACACUGGCUAGAUUUGGCAUACAGGCUGACCUUCAGUGAUGCAACAGAAAGCUUUUGAGGAAAGCGGAGUCCCCUGGCGAGAGUCCUUGGAGCAUGCUGCCCUGUGCCUGCCCUUCCGCUGCCCCAGGUGUGGGGACCACACCCGGUUUCGAAGCCUGUCGUCCUUGAGGGCGCAUCUGGAGUUCAGUCACAGCUAUGGAGAAAGAACCCUCCUGACCAAAUGCAGCCUCCUUCCGUCCCCCCGGGACGCGGAGCCCGGCGGCUGCUCGGGCCCCAAGCGGGGCAAGGCGCAGGGCCAGCGCGGCCAGAGGCAGAAGCCGAGCUACGUGAACCUGUACAGCGUCUCCCGCGGGCCGGGCCGGGCCCCGAAGCCCCUCGAGGUGGUGGCCGAGAGGCCCGUGUCCUUCGUGCAGGCCUACGCGGCCGUGGACAUCCGCGCCGACUCGCUGGACGGGGCCCGGGCCAGCCCCGGCCUGGCCACCGCGGACACCAAGGCUGCCUUGGAGGCGCAGGUCAGGGACAAGCUGCAGCGCGUGGUGGAGGCCGUGGACCGGACCAUUGAGAAGAGGAUCGACAAGCUCACCCGAGAGCUGGCUCAGAAGACCACCGAGCUCCUGGAGGUCCGGGCGGCCUUCGUGCAGCUCACGCAGAGGAAGCAGGAGGUGCAGAGGAGAGAGCGGGCCCUGAGCAGGCAGGUGGCCGUGGCCGUGGAGAUGAUCGCGGCGCUGCGGCAGCGCCUGACCCAGUCGGAGGAGGAGCUGCUCAGGAAGGAGGAAGAAGUCGUAACAUUCAACCAUUUCCUGGAAGCAGCGGCUGAGAAGGAGGUUCAAGGCAAAGCCCGACUGCAGGACUUUAUUGAAAAUCUCUUGCAACGGGUAGAGUUGGCAGAAAAGCAGCUGGAGUAUUAUCAGCGUCAGCAGGCCUCCGGCCUCAGCCACGACAUCCGUGAGCAUGUGCUGACAGACCUCUCUUCAAACAGAAAACCCAGGUGCCUAAGCCGAGGGCACCCACAUUCUGUGUGUAACCACCCUGAGCUCAAAACCCAUUUCCACCCGAAGGGAAGAUGCCACUUGAAGAAAGCCAAGGAUGACAGAACUGGCAUGCAGCUUACCAAGGCCAUCCACGAACAGGCUGAAUCUUCGAGAGAUUUUUACAGGCCAACCAAGAAAGGGGAGAUCCUAGGGCUCAACCGGAAAGGCAACCUCAGGCCCAAGAUGGCUAAGAAGAAGCCAACAGCGAUUGUGAACAUCAUCUGAAGGAUGGGCGGCUCAGGAGUAUGACCAGUGGACUUUGGGGAACAUCGUCCCAGGGCUGUCCGUGCUUAGACCAAGGGGAAGACAUGGCAGAAAGGCAAUGGACAUCAAACACACAAGCACCUUGAUUAACCAGAAUUUAGCAAAGGGAACUCUUAGUGAACCAAAUAAAAAAAUAUAUUAGGCUGGAGAGAUGGUUUAGCGGCUAAGGCAUUUGCCUGCAAAGCCAAAUGACCCAGGAUCAAUUCCGCAGGCCCCAUGUAAGCCAGAUGCACAA